AUGAGUCUUCCGCCCAACAUAGCCAACCAUGUCAGAUCCUACCUUACUGGCCCUGAAGUCGACCUCCAAACAGUCAGUGCUAAACAGAUUCGAAAGAAGCUGGCUACCAUCUUUCCUGACCUAGACAUCAAAGCACUCCGAUCAGAAAUCGACGAAAUCAGCAUCCCAAUCUUUCACGAGAUCAAGGAAAGCGUCGAGGGUGAUGUGAAGCCGGCGCCCCACGAAACAUCUGUCAACCCCUCCAAUCCUCCUCAGCAGGUCAUCAAACAAGACCAUAAACCAGACAUCAAGCCCACCACAUCGCUACCGCCCCUGGCCUUGCCGCCCCGAGGGACGCCAGGAGUAGUGAAGACGGGCGACUCCCAGGAAGCCAAGCCGACGAUCCCCAAACCGGCCCCGCAACCGCCGGCAUCAACAACCCCGCGCAGUGCGAAAUCGACGUCCACCAAAUCCAAGAAGAGGAAGUCGGCGGCUUUUGUGGACACUGAUGACGAAGAAGGAUCUUCUAGCACAGCUAGCAAAAAGAGCGGCAGUGCCAAGAAACCUAGGCCUCCGAGAGAAGGCGAGGGACCUGGAUCGAAUAGAGGAAUCCAUGUCGAACUCAACUGCUCGCCCGCUCUAUCUAACGUGAUUGGAGUCCCAGUGUGCUCAAGACCGCAAGUCGUUAAGAAGUUGUGGGAAUACAUCAAGGCUAAUAGCUUGCAAAACCCGCAAGAUAAGCGUCAGAUCAUGUGUGACGAGGCGUUGAAGAAAGUGUUCAAUCAGAAUUCGGUUCAUAUGUUCACAAUGAAUAAAUUAUUGGCCAGUCACUUGUUCAAGCCAGACGAAGUCGUUCAACCGCCUCCUCCUCCACCCCAGCUAUGA